AAGCAUCUGAGAGCGGAUUGGAAACAGGAAGAGGACUGACUAGAGGGGGGAGAAAAGACAUGGUGGAGAGGAUCGGGUGAGACAAGGUGGUGAGGAGUGAAAGGAGAGGAAAGGGGGUGCAGAAGGGGGGUGUGGACCCUAAGGAAGACAAAUAGGAGAUAGUGGAGGGGCGAGCAUGUCUAUUUAAAGGCAGCUGGACCGGUCUACUCUAUUUGCUGUUUUGGAUUGACUGACUGACUGACUGACUGACUGACUGACUGACUGACUGACUGACUGACUGACUGACUGACUGACUGACUGACUGACUGACUGACUGACUGACUGACUGACUGACUGACUGACUGACUGACUGACUGACUGACUGACUGACUGACUGACUGACUGACUGACUGACUGACUGACUGACUGACUGAGAGCCCAUCUCCUCUUUUUCACUGCAAGGGUUGAAGUGGAGGGAUUCUCGAACACAGACGGACUGGCUGCAUGUAUCACCCGGCAGAGCUGUACUUGGGCCGUAAAACAUGGCACCCCUUUCCAGAUGGAGGACCAAACCGAGGACAAUGGGCCUCGGUAAACAGUUGGCCUUGGAGCCAAACACAAAGAUGCAGUGGAGGACGCUUUCCAUCCGAUCAUCCCACCUCACCGUCAAGUCGUCAAUGUAACAGGGGGGAACGAACACUUGACUAUGCCCAAGACAAGGGUUCCUCCAAGGGGCACAGGCCGUCUCUACAUGCUUGGGAUGGUAAAGAACAACCAUUUGAAGGCCAGAACUGGCAUCACAACUCUGUGCGCUCAUUCCACAACCGAACUGGCACCAACAAUGGUUAUCUAACAAGACCAGGACAACGCUACUCAAACUGGGACAGCAAUGUCAGCAACUCUUUGCAUGGGAGUCCUCGCCUGCACCGUAACAACAGAGAGCUUCAGCCCCCACCAGAAAGAUGGGCUCCCUCAGACUUUCGCAGGACUUUCCCUGGUCGAAUGAUUCGUGACAGACCAGGGCCUUGGAAACGGCCAGCUUCUCACCAGCGUCCAGACCAAAUGCACCAGCAUAGUUCAACCCCACAACACCCUAAAUCAACAAGGGAAGAAUGUCCAGCCAAGAGGAGCCGGGACUCGGGUCCUGAUCAGUCAUCUCAUCCUGGAUCAAGGCAUUUAGUUGCCUAUCCACCAUCCCCACCUCGCCACCACCGUUGUAAGCAAGAUAACUGGAAGCCCCUUCAUGUCAGGGCAGGUCCGAGCCGCCCCUCUGACCACAGGACCUCAACAACACAGCAACAGGAGACCUCGAAAUCACGCGCUGGAGGACAAAGUUUUUGCAACCGUGACUUAACAGUCGAAAACCAGGCUUGCAGCAGCAAGGCUUCACAUCUAGGAAACGGUUAUCGGAAAAUUUCUUCACCAGCAGAACACACCCGUGUGCCUUACAGCCAGCAAAAUCCUCAUCACCACCAACAGCGGCACACUCACCACCUCGGAGCUGAACAGCACAAACCUCUGACGCACCGCCUUGAGAAGGAAGAGGAGGACUCGAGGAGUUAUCUCCGCAAGCAAAGCACAGACAUUGAGCGUAACACAAGAGGCAUUUCAAGAGAGCCAGCCAUCUUCAGGUCUCCUGCAGAAGAGUCUCCUACCUACUACUCCAUUCAUUGGAAAGAUUCCGCUCACAGUCGACGCGUUAGCCCACCGUUGCACAAAACAGCUCAUAGCAGUCAGCAAUGUAGCCCUGGCCUCGGUGGGCAAUCAAAAGUCCAGGGAAGUCCCACUCCCAAAUCAAGGCUCUGCUCAACCUCCAUUCCAUCACAUACAUCUCCGGCCGGUCCAAAAUCCAGGUUUUCAGAUGUCAAAUACAAGAGGACCUCACAGCUUCUCUGCUUGUCUCCCCACAGCAGCUCAAGAAUAAACAAGCUAGAAAAGGAGUCUGAAGUCCCAAGAACCAUCCAAUGCAUACAAAACGAGAAACUGAUGAAAAGGGAGAGAAGGGAAGAUGUCACAAAGGCAAACACAAAAGCCGAAGACCGAAAGAAACGCAAGAAAAAAGAACGAAAAUUAGGUGAGAAAAAAAAGAAAAGGCAUAAGGCGGCGAGGAAAGAAAUGAAAAUAUCCCCGAAAGCUCAAAAGACAGAGAAGGAAACUUGCGGCUCCUCUCUUAUUUGUAACUCUUCAGUGGAGGAGCGUCUUUGCGCUGGUCCUUCUUUUCCUACUCCUCCGCAACCUUUGGUCCCAAAUAAGCAAGAAAACUUACUCCUCACAAAAGCCAGCUCCAGCCCGACCACUUCUUCAUCACAAUCAGAAGGAGCACUAAAAGCAAAACCGAAAGACGCUCUAUUGUCGCUUUUUUGUCAAGCCCUAGAACCUCUCAGGGCAGCAUCUUCUGCGAGUGUUGAGCCGUCAGGGCAAGGUGGUCUUCUCCAUGCUCCAGAUCUCCAGCCUGUGGCUGUGAUUGGACAAGGAGAAGUGGGAGACAACCUUGCUAACACUCCUCCUGUACUCAGCUGGCAGGGCUCACCAGUGUCCGAUGUUGCAGAGGAUGAAGACGAGCUCGAAAAGCCCCAACCCAGCCCCACUGUGUGUUUUUCCCCUCCGCCUGUUGAAGACGAGAAUAUUCACAGUGUGUUUAAGGAGUCUGUUGAAGGUAAACUGGCGGAUUGUUCAGAAGCCCGUGAUCCACAAAGUUCAAAUCAUUUACUUGAAGAUGAAAAGAAGAAAGAAAUUCCAGAAAAAUCAACGUCUCCCCAGCAUGAGCUUCACCAUAAAGCAGGUCUGGAUGAUGUCUUCAAGAGCCUGGCCACUUUUCUCAGUGGCCAGAGGACUGCAUGUCGAGGAGGUCCCUUUGGGGGUUCUCCUGCUUUGACCGCCAACGGGGUUAAGGUUGCUUCUUCUCUUGCGCUGGGACCAGAUAUGAAAUGUCACCAGGAGCAAGAUUCUGCCCUCAUGUCACCUCCAGCAUCCUCCUCAGAAACCAAUCAUCAGCCUGAUUCACAUUUCCAAAAGACAGUUGAGUGCGAGCCCAUCACAGAAACCUCCACAAGCAAACGAGAGGAGCCUGAUGUUGAUAUUAAAGAGAAACGAGAGGCUGAGAAUGAAGACAGCCAAACCGAAAAUGACGUCUCUCUUUUGGACCACUCACUGAGUGCAGAGCUGAGAGUGACCACCACUCACAGCACCUCUUUGAACCAUCUCCUUGUCUCAAACAAAGAUAAGAGACCAAAGAGCAAGGAGAGAGAUCACCAGGUCCGGCCCAAAGUUAAGACAAAGAAAGAGAAAAGCCGCAAAUAUACAAACAGACAACACAAAUCAAAAAUCACAAAUCCCAUCAAAGAUGUGCCCAAAAAGAGAGUGAAACAUGAAAAAGCUAAAGGAAACAUCAUAAAGUUUAAAGACGGUGUCAGUGCGCUUGGAACUGCCGUAUCAUCAUCGACAUCAUCUGAUAUGAAAAGAUCAAGCUUGUUGGCAACUAAAUUAUGCACCGCUACACCAUCUCCCGUUGACCCACUCAAGCGCAAAAUGUUGUCAAUGGGCUUUACUAAGGAGCUGAAGGUCCUUUUGGUGAAAAUGAAAACCGAUGGUACACACUCGUUUAACACAGCAGAAGCCGAAGAGCAAAAAAUCCCACUUUGUCAGAUCAACAUCCAAAACACAGGUGCCCAGGUUGUGAGAGCUUGCAAGAGGGCAAAGGUUAAGGAGAAAUUUAAGGAGUCAUACUUGCUUCCUUCCCUUUCCGUGAAACCUAAACUUUCCAUCCAGAUUCCCAUACCUCGAGAAAAGCUCAACCCUCCAACACCAAGCAUUUAUUUGGAGAGCAGGAGGGACGCCUUCUCACCAGUCCUGCUUCAAUUCUGCACCAAUCCCAAAAAUGCGGUUACUGUCAUCAGAGGCCUCGCUGGCUCUCUCCGCCUCAACCUUGGCUUGUUUUCCACCAAAUCUCUGGUGGAGGCCAAUGCAGAGCAUGCUGUCGAGUUGAGGACUCAGGUUCAGCAGCCCGCUGAUCAGAACUGGGAUUCCCGUGGUUCCACUCAGACGUGGCCCUGUGAGAGCAGCCGCUCACACACCACCAUUGCCAAAUACGCUCAGUACCAGGCCUCCAGCUUCCAGGAGAGCCUGCAGGAGGAGAAGGAGGGUGAGAACGACGAGGAAGAAGAGCAAGCUGACUCCACAAAUGCGGCAUCCACCGCUAAAGGAUGCGUGACAUCGGCAGCCAGCCGUAAAGGCAGCCCGGCCUCGACUGACAUAAAAGCCGCUCCUGCACUCCCCUCCGGCAAAAACGCCACUGGCAACACACCCAGCUCGGAAUUAAAGUCGGUUGGCAAGAUAAUCAAAUUUGGGACCAACAUAGAUCUUUCAGAUCCAAAACGGUGGAAACCUCAGCUGCAGGAGCUGCUCAAGUUGCCAGCGUUCAUGCGAGUGGAGUCUGUCAACAACAUGCUCAGUCAUGUCGGUCACACAAUCUUAGGCAUGAACACCGUCCAGCUCUACAUGAAAGUUCCCGGCAGUCGGACUCCAGGUCACCAGGAGAACAACAACUUCUGCUCAGUCAACAUUAAUAUUGGACCAGGUGACUGUGAGUGGUUUGCUGUCCAUGAGCACUACUGGGAGGCUAUCAACACGUUCUGCGAGAAGCAUGGGGUAGACUACCUCACAGGGUCCUGGUGGCCAGUUCUGGAAGACCUCUACAGCUCUAACAUCCCCGUGUACCGAUUCAUUCAGAGGCCAGGUGACCUAGUGUGGAUUAAUGCAGGGACGGUGCACUGGGUCCAAGCAGUGGGAUGGUGCAACAACAUCGCCUGGAAUGUGGGACCCUUAAACGCGUACCAAUAUCAACUCGCGCUGGAGCGAUAUGAAUGGAAUGAAGAGAAGAAGGUGAAGUCAAUUGUUCCAAUGAUCCACGUUUCCUGGAAUGUGGCUCGUACCAUCAAAAUCACAGAUGAGGACACCUUCAAGAUGAUUAAACACUGCCUCCUACAGUCCAUCAAGCACAUCCAGAUUUUGAGGGAGCAAUUGGUGGCUUCAGGAAAGAAAAUCUGUUAUCAGAGUCGUUUGAAGGAAGAGCCGGCUUACUACUGCAACGAGUGUGACUUGGAGGUGUUCAACAUGCUGUUCGUGACCAGUGAACACAGCACUAAGAAGACCUACGUGGUGCACUGUGAGGACUGCGCCCGAGCCAAGAGCCCGACGUUGACGGGAGUGGUGGUUCUGGAACAGUAUCUGACAGAAGAGUUGAUAAAAACUUAUGACGGCGUCACACUGGCUCCAUCACCUUUAGCAAAGUGAAGAUGUCGCCAUGGCGUCUUUUCAGCCAUAACCAAAACCGAGGGCAGCACAAACUGUUCCCGCAAGCACGUUGUGAAUCAGCCAAUCAACGUUUACUCUGUCGUUUACAUCACACAAUAAGGUAAUAGCUACUCAGCCGAUCCAAGUACAGCUCGCUGUCUUCCCCAAACCAGCUGCAGAUUGGACUUGAGCAUUGAAAUAGAAUGACUAGAAUGGUAAUUACCAUGGAAGGAAAAAAAUAAUGGUGAGCACCGCUAGCACUGAAAAUCAGGUUAUAUACUACAUUCAACGGACUCUGCUGUGAUUCGAAAGCGUCAAGUAGCCAAUUUUAUGUCUCAAUUCAGGUACUUUUAUGCAAAUUCCGUUUUUUACACCAAUCUAGUUAUUCUAUAUGUCCAUGAAUUUGCUGUGAUUCUAUUGUACCAGCAGGGGAAACCGCUUCACGCAGGAGGGGUAGCUGAUUGUCACAUUUUGUCACACCAUAUUGAUAUUGAUCCCAGUUUGUGUUGAGCUUCAGGUAAACUUGACCAUGUUCCUCAUACCUGUAAACUCACUGAGGUGCUAUUUACGCCAGUCUUAUUUAUUAUUGUCAGAUUAGUUAAAAAAAAAAAAAAAUCUACCAGCCUGAAAGUACACCACAUUGGCCUUGUCUUAUGAGAAGUUGUAAUUGGAAGCUAUGCCAAUUUGUUUUUGUUCAGCUCAAAAGAAAAAAAAAUUCUCUAAAAUACGGGUUUGUUAGAGAACUAAAGUCGCUUCGUUCUUAGUCGUUGAUCAAACAGUCAGUAUCAUCUAUGAUACACCUAAAAGUAAAUGUGGCGUGGAUUUUCUAUUUUAAUUGUUUGUUAUGGGAACAGAAUCCCCAUUUUAUACCUCUUUGUGUUUUUGGAUGACAUGAACAUUAAUAACUGUACAUUGUGAAUGACUGUAUGGGAUAAGAAGUGGAGUGCAUAGAUGAAGAACAGCAGGAAUCACCAAUUUUGUUUCUUCCGGUGACUGAAACAAGAAGGCUACCCGUGAGAGUACAGAACUUCACUUAUGCUUCUCUUGCAUACAUGUCCACUAAUUACACCAGCAAACAACACAGGAUAUGUAACAAGAAGUAAGGUCAACUUGAAGUGUCAUUGUGUUUCUCAGAAAGCAAAUUUUCCGCUCUCUGUAGAUCACAAAUUUCAAUCAGUGUUCUAGUUUUGUACUCUUUUGAUACUAUAUGACAGACCACUGAACUUGGUCCAAGGUUUACUGGUUGCAAUUUUAAGACAUUUACUUUCCGAGUAAUAGUUUUGCAGAUUGCAUCUGAUAAUGAUUCUUUUUAAAUUUCAUGAAGUCUCCAACGUGGAGCCUACCAGAUUUUGGUCCACUUGUGAUUUUCUCACCACUGUUAUAAUUGUUGACUUUUUCAAGGACUACGAAAUACUGUAUAAUGUGAUCAAACUUAAAACGUCUUCUUAAGUUAAGUACAAAUUUAAAUUGCUCGAGGUUUUAUUCCUUUAUCUGCAUCACAAAAUAACGUAAAAAUUCAAGUAUGGUUUACUCCCUGCUAUUAUUCCCCUAUGCACACCAUAUCAUGUACAUAAUAUUUUCUAGUUUACUUGACUUAAAUAGUUCUCUUGAAUCUAAUUUGUAAAUGGUCAAAUUUGUCAUCCUCAGUCUCUUGUUUUUGUUGCUGUUGGAGGGGGGGGGGGGGGGUUGAAAUGUUGAACUUUCCUAUCUCACUCACGUUUUAAUUACUGCACUGGGAAUUUCUUCUUACUUUUAUACCUCUUUUUGUUAACAGGAUUGCUUUUGGGGAGGGUGCAAGAAAAAAAAUGUAAAUUGUGACAUUAUUUAUACUGUACAUGGAACAUGGUUUUCUGAAAUAUUUAUUGCAUAUCAAAUGGUACUCUUUGAUGGGGCUACAAGGUAUUUUCAAGAUGAUGGUGAGAGACGGUGGCUUGGAGAAGUGCAUGGAGGGGGUCAGUGUAAUCCCCUUGGUGCUACACCCCUCUGUGCCCCCUUUCCUGUCACAACACAAUGAUGAUGAAUAAGCAGCGAUACAACUCAAGCCAACCUGCUGGUGCUUCGAAACAUUUCAACAGUUUACUGUAACGCAAAUCAAAUAUUUGUACUGUAUUGAACUCCAAUACUAAUAUUGUUUUGUUUACUUUUUCAAUUCUGUGAACUUCAUAAUCUCGUGUGGCUAUACUGGUGACUUUAUGAGCAUUAUUAGCUGUAGUUGUAACUCUUGAGACAUUUUCAGAGACUUAUUGGGAUGUGAAUUUUAAUGGCCAAGGUUUUGUUUUCUGUGUGUGUGUGUGUGUGUUUCUUGUCCUCAUUCUUGUUUAUUAUUUGACAGCUGUAAUGUUAUUAUUUUUGUCUCACAAUGUUCAAGUUCUGCUGCACUUAUAGUUUCAAAUAGAAUAUGUACAAGAAAACCUGAGCCAGACCUGUCUUAAAUCCCUCUGUGAUAUUUCUGUGAUAUAUUGUAUUGUUCAAGACAAUAAAUUGUUUUGAUAAAUUA